UCAUAGCCACCGAGCUUAACGCAGUAGUUUGCUAAAUUUCUCAAGAAAUCAACUCCACUCUUUGAAGACAUACUGGCUCGUACUUUUGAAAUGUUUUUCACUCUGCCACAGAUAUUUAAAUACUGAAAGAUAUUAUAAAAAGGAGAAAAGCAAAAGAAAAGAGAAUUUUGCAAAACUUGGUUGUCUUAGAGAGGAGUAAACUGAAAAGCAACUAUGAAUUUGACACAGUUAUCGACCUCAGAAUUUAAACUGGAUUCCGUUGGAGAUUUCUGUUUAAGUUCUAAUGGUAAUUGCAUGGUUUUGAUUGGUAAUUCAAAUAUUACCAUAUUGGAAUUAAUGAAUAGUUGUGACACUAUGGUCUUGAUGCCUUAUAACAAUAAACAAAUUUCCAUAUCCCAAGAUAAGCCCAUUAAUGGUCUCAUAAGAGAUAUUGAUCUGGUCCAAAUAUAUGAAACAGGAAAUAUUCUGGAGGCGCAAGAAUUGGCAUUGGAUAUUAUAUAUACUGCUGAAUGUGCUACAGAGCCAUUAAAACCAAGAGUACUACAAGCUGAUAUUUUAAAUAAGAGUAAUGAAAAUGUCUGCUGUAUUUUAACAACGUAUGGUCAUUGCGAGAUAUAUAAAAAAGCCCCCAUCACUGAAGAAUGGAAACCUUUAGACACUAACUUAUCCCAAGUUUUAAUAACUGAUGUAUUUCCCUCAAAAGAUUUAUCUUUUCAUAUAAAAACUUACAAUGAUCUUAAGAAGUUUACAAAUAAAUUUAUAAUUACUUGUUUUGCCAUGUCACGACAAAUAUCUGAUGUGAUCAUUUAUUUAGGAACAGCUGCUGGUCAUGUUGUAGUUCUUAAAUUUAAUGAGACAUUAUGCAAGUUUGAGGAAAUUUGUCAUUUAAAAACAUCCUUAAAUCGUUUAAGUUAUAUUGCCAACUAUAAGAAUCUCCUGUUGAUCGGUUGUGAUCAAGGCACUGUACGUUUAGUAAAAUCAAAUAUAGAAAAUAGUUCUUUGCAAGAAUUGGACUAUUUGUGGAGUAAAAUAGAUCGUAUGUCGUGUCGCAAAGCUGUUUUUACAUAUAACGAAAGUUCAAAAACCUAUUUGGUGCUAUUUUGUAAGGCGGCUCAUGUAUUGGCUUAUUGUUUAGAUCUGGAAGGUGUUAUUUUGUCUAGUUCAAUUCUAUAUGUAAGCGGUAUUAAAAUAACGGCCAUUGAAGCUAUUAGUGAAAAUGAAUUCAUGCUAACCACCAUAACGGGAGCGGUAAAAUACAUUAAAAUUCUAUGCCCCAACAAAGAAGAACUUAAUAUCGAAGAAUCAAUCAUAGAACACGAGUUCGAUUCAGCGAAUUAUCAAAUACUAGGAGUAGGAGCAACAGCAUCGAAGAAUCUAUGGUCCUUUUUACUUUAUCGCAAUAAAGAUUAUGUCCAUCAAUCGAAGUACACCAACUCAAGUGCAUUUCUAAAUGUUUGCAAAUUAAGCACACAAGAUAGUUUUAUAAAAUUAAUCAAUAUGAAUUUACCAAAUAUGAAUAUAGCCCAAGAUUUAGUUAUGGCAAUUAAUUUGGAUAUAUUCAAUAAUUUUGAGGUGGAUAAAUAUAUGACUUAUUUGGACUUGGAAAAAUUAAGUUUUCCCCUUCAAUUGAAUGAAGCAUUUUUACAAAAACUGCAAAUAAAACUAAUUAUUGUACGCAAAUUGGCCAACUAUCAAAAAAUGAAAUAUAGAAAAAUUAAAUGCCAAACUAAUAUUGAUCUACAAAUCCUGGAACCUGCCUUGCAAUUGCUGCAUAUUGUUUAUCGUUUGCGCUAUUUAAAGCAAUUAACUUUUAAAGAAAUUAAACUAACUCAGUUCCAAGAACAGUCUAUUGUUUGUAUGCAGUUAAAGUUUGAUCAUUUAAUCAAAACUUUUAACAUCAUUAACACAGAGGAAGAUAUUAAGCCACAGAAGACUGUUGAGAAAUUUUCAUUAUUUAUUGUAAAUGAGUAUGAUAAUUAUAAAUUUAAUCUUGAUCAUUUGCCGAAAUUUGUGGAAAAUUGUACGUUGUGUAAUCAGUCAAUUAUAGAUUUCGUUAAAUGUGAACAGGAGCAUGAGGUUAAGAGAUGCAUCAUUUCUUGUACGCAGCUUACUCUAUUCAAAACCAAAUAUUGUCCACACUGUUUUGCCCUCGCUAGAAAUGAUGAUGAUGCUAAGCUGCAGGAAUUAUUUUCAAAAGAUGAGUGUGUUCGGUGCAUAUACUGUAGAUUUUUAUUGAAACAAGAUAAUUUUUAAUUUUAUAUUUAAAAAGAGACAUACAUAAAAAAUACAAUUUGUGUA